AUGGCGAAAAAGGAUCGGCGAGCGUCGCAAACUGCCAAGCCGCAGAAGAAGGUGAAGUCGCCAGCGGAGAUCACGGCGGAUAAGCUUCGGUACCACAGAGAAUUGGACUCGCGAUGGGCCAUCAUUCGCGAGAAUCGGGUCGAGUAUUUUCGCGGCAAGGAUUUCGCAGAUCUCCUUCGCAAGAACCCCGAGCUCGCGUCUCCCUUAAUUCCAGCGGAAGAUGCCGCGAGCCUUCGCAAGCCUAUUGAGGAGGCCGUGUUCCACGCGCUCGUGGAGGCUCAGCUUGUGGUGCGGUGCGAUCGAGUCGUGAAGACCCUCAGACCCGGUAGAAAGAAGCUGUCGAAAUGGCCAGCAAGGCUUGAUUUCCACCAGGAUCAAGCGUUCACAGUGGAUGAUGGCUUUUAUGCCUGGAUGUACGAGCGCCAGCAGCCCAUAUGGCAGACCAUCCUCUCCUUCCUUCUCCCAGUCUUCACCGUCGCCUGCUGCCUCUUCCCCGUCUUCCCCCACUGGUGCAAGCUCGCUGUGCUCUACUUCCUCCUGGGGCUCAUCGCCCUCAUCUUCCUGCUCCUCUUUGUGCGGGUGGUGGUAUUUGGAGCCAUCUGGCUUGCUGUGGGCAGGCAUGUCUGGUUCUUCCCCAGCAUCCUAGCAGAGGAGGGGUCACUCGCAGAGCUUUUCCGCUUCUGGCCGGAUAAGGACGACAAGCCGCCCGCCAAGAUCACCACGCGGCUGGCGGUGGCUGUGAUGCUGGGGUUCACCUUCUGGCUCAUGGUCACCUACGCUCCUGACCAAGAGCAACGAGCCAAGUACCAGAAGAAAGUGUCAAACAUUAUCGAUGACGUCUUGCAAUGGAAACCGCAGAUGCUUGCAGGGAAGACAACGCCUGCCGCCCCUGUCAAUGUCACGUCAGCCAAUCAGACCUCUGCAAAUGCCACUGCGGACAAUUCAACAACUCCUAGUGCAGAGGCAGCUGACGUCAAGACAGAUAGCAGCAGUGGUGCCAGAACUGGUAGCAGUGGCAGCCCUGAUGCCACCACUGGCAAGGAGGAUGUGAUUGAAACGUCUCCUAGUGGGGACCAAAGUGGGCAGGGUCACACAGAAGGCGGUUCUACAGUGGGGAUGGAGGCAGACACUAUGGCUGACGACGAGCCUGUGGAUCCGAAGCCCGAGAUUGAAGAGGGGUGCCGGCCGAAGUGUGUGAAGCAGCUGCUCGCGUACGAGGCCUGUGUGAAGAGGAUCGAAGGCGACGAGACGGGGGAGAAGCAUUGCACCGGCCAGUACUUCGACUACUGGGCGUGCAUUGAUAAAUGCGCGGCUCCCAAAAUAUUUGCCCAGCUAAACCAUAACUACUUGAAUCAGAAGCCAUGGCAUCCGCUGUCGUAUCCCAACCAGCGUCGCAAGUGGAUCGCGGAGCAGAUGCAUGGUAUCCAGAACAAGCGACUGACCGAAAUAGAAAAAGAGUUUCAGAAGGAGCAGGAGUAUUUCAAGCAGACGGCGCUGCUGUCGAAACAACAAAAAGCCAAGGCAGAUGCGAUGCAGUCGGUGUCGUUCCUCUACAUGAAGCCGCCCGGUUACAACGCGGAGAGCGCACGGGCGGCGGAGCUUGCAGAGGAGGAGCGGGCGAAGCAGGAGAGGGAGGGGAAGAUCCUGCUGGAAGCGGGAGGAGGAGGGGAAGGAGGCGGAGGGCAAGGCGGGGAAGGUGGGGAAGGAGAGGGGGGAGGAGGGGAGGGUGCGGGGAUGGGGGCGGAUGGGGCGUUGGUGGUGGCAGAGGCAGGAUCCGAGCUGGCUGAUAAGGACCAGACGAAGAAGAAAAAGAAGCCCAGAGCCACAGAUGUGUUCGGUCGAGCCGUGCCGACUGGGGACGACUUUGAAGUGCUCAAGAACGCUCCAAGAAUGGACACAGGAAUUAUAGGCAGACCUCGCCCAUUCGGGCUCGAGCUGAGGAACGUCAAGUGUGGGCGGUGUGGGGCGAUAGGGCACAGCAGCGGCGAGAGGGAGUGUCCUCUGUCUGACUCCGUCACUGAAAACGACCUCAAGCGCCAGCAAAGGGAGGACCCUCUCUCCCAUAUCCUCGCCCUCAACCGCCCCCAGCCCUUUGGGUGGCAGCUGAAGGAGCAAGGGGCGGGCGGCAUGAGCCCCGCUCGGGGCGGCUUCAAGCCGAACGACGCCAACCAGCAGAUCCUGCCGCCCAGCGACGACGAGAAUGAGGGCGUGUUCGACCAGUACGGGGGGUUCCUUCUCGGAGGAGAGGCGGAUGUAGCAGCAUUGGCCGCAGAUGCCGCUGCUGGGGAAGGAAUGGGAGGGACUGGAGGGAGAGGAGAGCUUAUGCCUGAGUGCAACAUUAACCAGGCGAGUCCUUCGGAUGGCAGCACAGCUCUUCACUGUGCAGCGUUGGGUGGAAGCCCCAGAGCAGUCGAGGUGGUUUCGUUCCUUCUCCGUCACGGAGCCGAAAAAGAUGCCGUUGACUGUGACGGAAAACGUCCAGUCGACGUCAUUGCAGUCUCCCCGAAGCUUCCUCACGUUAAAUCCGCCCUGGAGCGCCUUCUCAAAUCCUCCUCGUCCUCCGGUCCCGACCCGAUCUACCACCGUCCGUCUCCGUUCAUCAUCGUCCAAUCAGCGGCGUCCUCGUCUCCACCGUUCGAAUCUCCGUCAUCCCCCAACUCCCACUCCGCGUCGCCCAAUAUGCUCUCUCCGGCCACCUCGAGCAGCAGCGAUCUCUCUUCUAACUCCACCGGGCUCGACGUGCUUCCGCCCACCACUCCGUCCACCGGCGCGGGUGUAGUCGACUCAUCCAUGGCGGAUAUGAAAAGCAGCGUGUACGCGUCGGACGAGUUUCGGAUCUACAGCUUUAAGGUGCGGCCGUGCUCGCGUGCGUACAGCCACGACUGGACGGAGUGCCCGUUCGUGCAUCCCGGGGAGAACGCCCGCCGCCGCGAUCCGCGCAAGUUUCACUACAGCUGCGUGCCGUGCCCGGACUUCCGCAAGGGGUCGUGCAGGAGGGGGGACUCGUGCGAGUACGCGCAUGGCGUGUUCGAGUGCUGGUUGCACCCCGCGCAGUACCGAACCAGGUACGGCUUUCCGCAUAUGUAA